CCCCCGGCCCGCGCGCGCCAUGGAGCCCGGCCGCGGCGGCGUCGAGACCGUGGGCAAGUUCGAGUUCUCCCGCAAGGACCUGAUCGGCCACGGCGCCUUCGCGGUGGUGUUCAAGGGCCGCCACCGGGAGAAGCAUGACCUAGAGGUCGCAGUCAAGUGCAUUAACAAGAAGAACCUUGCCAAGUCCCAGACGCUGUUGGGGAAGGAGAUUAAAAUCCUAAAGGAACUGAAACAUGAAAACAUUGUGGCAUUAUAUGACUUCCAGGAAAUGGCCAACUCCGUCUACCUGGUCAUGGAGUACUGUAAUGGCGGGGACCUGGCUGACUACCUGCACACCAUGCGGACGCUGAGCGAGGACACCAUCCGGCUGUUCCUGCAGCAGAUCGCCGGCGCCAUGCGGCUGCUGCACAGCAAAGGCAUCAUCCACCGCGACCUGAAGCCCCAGAACAUCCUGCUGUCCAACCCCGGGGGGCGCCGUGCCAACCCCAACAACAUCCGCGUCAAGAUCGCUGACUUCGGGUUCGCGCGCUACCUCCAGAGCAACAUGAUGGCGGCCACGCUCUGCGGCUCCCCCAUGUACAUGGCCCCGGAGGUGAUCAUGUCCCAGCACUACGACGGGAAGGCAGACCUGUGGAGCAUCGGCACCAUCGUUUACCAGUGCCUGACGGGGAAGGCGCCCUUCCAGGCCAGCAGCCCCCAGGACCUCCGCCUGUUUUACGAGAAGAACAAGACGCUGGUCCCCACCAUCCCCCGCGAGACCUCAGCCCCCCUCAGGCAGCUGCUCCUGGCCCUGCUGCAGCGCAACCAUAGAGAACGCAUGGACUUCGAUGAGUUCUUCCGUCACCCUUUCCUCGACGCCAGCGCCUCGGUCAAGAAGUCCCCGCCCGUGCCUGUGCCCUCGUACCCGAGCUCAGGGUCUGGCAGCAGCUCCAGCAGCAGCUCCACCUCCCAUCUGGCUUCCCCACCGUCCCUGGGGGAGAUGCCCCCGCUACAGAAGACGCUCACCUCCCCGGCCGCGGCCGCCGGCUUCCUGCACGGCUCGCGAGAUUCAGGCGGCAGCAGCAAGGACUCCUGCGACACGGACGACUUCGUCAUGGUCCCCGCCCAGUUUCCAGGUGACCUGGUGGCUGAGGCGGCUGGUGCCAAGCCCCUGCCGGACAGCCUGCUGUACAGUGGGAGCUCGCUGGUGGCCUCUGCUGGCCUGGACAGCCACGGCCGGACUCCUUCUCCAUCCCCCCCAUGCAGCAGCACCCCCAGCCCCUCAGGCCGGGCUGGCCCGUUCGCCAGCAGCAGGUGUGGUGCCUCUGUCCCCAUCCCAGUGCCUACUCAGGUGCACAACUACCAGCGCAUCGAGCAGAACCUGCAGUCCCCCACCCAGCACCAGACACCCCGGUCCUCCUCCAGGUCUCCUGCCAUUCGCAGGUCAGGCAGCACCAGCCCUCUGAGCUUGGCCAGGGCCAGCCCCUCGCCCCCAGCCCACGCCGACGGAGCCCUCCUGGCCAGGAAGUUGUCCCUGGGUGGGGGCCGACCCUACACACCGUCUCCGCAAGUCGGAGCCAUCCCUGAGCGGCUGGGCUGGAGCAGGGCUCCCUCCCCACAAGCAGCUGAGAUGCGGACUGGCAGGUCCCCGCGUCCAGGCUCCUCUGCUCCCGAGCACUCGCCCCGCUCCACCGGCCUGGGCUAUCGCCUGCACAGCGCCCCCAACCUGUCUGACCUGCACGUCGUCCGCCCCAAGCUGCCCAAGCCACCCACGGACCCGCUGGGCAUGGCCUUCAGCCCCCCGCAGGCCAGCCCUCCCCAGCCGUCCCACGGUCUGCAGUCCUGCCGGCCCCUGCGCGGCUCGCCCAAGCUGCCCGACUUCCUGCAGAGGAACCCCUUGCCCCCCAUCCUGGGCUCCCCCACCAAGGCCAUGCCCUCCUUCGACUUCCCCAAGACCCCCAGCUCCCAGAACCUGCUGACCCUCCUGGCCCGGCAGGGCGUGGUGAUGACGCCCCCACGGAACCGGACACUGCCCGACCUCUCAGAGGUGGGGCCCUUCCAGGGGCAGCAGCUGGGCCCUGGCCUGCGGCCCACAGAGGAUGCCAGGGGCCCCGUCGGCCGGUCCUUCAGCACCAGCCGCCUCACCGACCUGCUGCUCAGGGCAGCGUUUGGGACGCAGGCCUCGGACUGGGGCAGCACAGACAGCCUGCAGGAGAAGCCCAUGGACACUGCGCCCUCUGCUGGCUUCGGAGGGAACCUGCACCCAGGAGCUCGUGCUGGCGGGGCCAGCAGCCCGGCGCCGGUGGUAUUCACCGUGGGCUCUCCCCCAAGCGGGACCACGCCGCCCCAGGGCCCACGCACUGCAGCCUUCUCAGUGGGCCCUGCCGGCUCCUCCACGCGCCCCCUGGUGGCCGGGGCCUGCGGCGAGGCUGCUCCAGAACUGCCGGCCCCUGGCCACUGCUGCAGCUUUGCCGACCCCAUUGCCGCCAACCUGGAGGGGGCUGUGACCUUUGAAGCCCCUGACCUCCCUGAGGAGACGCUCAUGGAGCAAGAGCACACGGAGAUCCUGCACGGCCUGCGCUUCACACUGGUCUUCGUCCAGCACGUCCUGGAGAUCGCCGCCCUGAAGGGCAGCGCCAGCGAGGCGGCCGGGGCCCCCGAGUUCCAGCUGCAGGAGAGCAUGGUGGCCGACCAGAUCAGCCUGCUGAGCCGCGAGUGGGGCUUUGCAGAGCAGCUGGUGUUGUACCUGAAGGUGGCCGAGCUGUUGUCUGCUGGCCUGCAGACAGCCAUAGACCAGAUCCGGGCCGGCAAGCUCUGCCUGUCGUCUACCGUGAAGCAAGUGGUGCGCAAGCUGAACGCGCUGUACAAGGCCAGCGUGGUGUCCUGCCAGGGCCUGCGCCUGCGGCUGCAGCGCUUCUUCCUGGACAAACAGCGACUGCUGGACCGCGUCCACAGCAUCACCGCCGAGAAGCUCAUCUUCAGCCACGCCGUGCAGAUGGUGCAGUCGGCCGCCCUGGACGAGAUGUUCCAGCACCGUGAGGGCUGCGUGCCACGCUACCACAAGGCCCUGCUGCUCCUGGAGGGGCUGCAGCAGCUGCUGUCUGACCAGGCCGACAUCGAGAACAUCGCCAAGUGCAAACUGUGCAUCGAGCGGAGACUCUCGGCUCUGCUGACCGGCAUUGGUGCCUGACCACCCGGAGCCCGGCUAGCUCGCCAUGCCCGAGCCCCGCGGGAUGGGCUCCGUGUGCUGGCUGGACCUGCCGGGACAAGCCUGCCGGCCCCAGGGCUGCUGGAUGGUGCUGAGGCCCCCGACGGAGCCAGAGCGGGAGGCUUCCUGGCCAUGGAGGACUGCGAGUGCUCGGAGCGCUGCUUCCCUCUGUGGCCGGACUCCCGGAACCUUCCCGCCAGGCAGGGGCGCCCGGGGGGCAGGUGGGACACGGGGACCCUGCCACCUGCCAAGACCCCCCGGACAGUUCAAGGCCUUGAGACAGCACCGCUGACUCCAUGCCAAAGAGAGCUUGUCCUCACGGCCUCGCUGCCUGGUCGCUCUGCCCCGGGAGAGGGGCUCGGCCUCCUCUUCUCCAGGACCCCCUCCCUCAGAGACCGCCCGCCCGGCUUUGUCAGUCACCCGAGCACUUUAUGCAGAUGGAGACUGGUCCCACCACACGGACCGAGGGGCAGGAUCUGCUGUCUGGCUGCGGCCUUGCGAGGUGUGUGUCUGCUUCCUCACACGCGUGUGCGUGUGCACGCGGCUCCGUGAGCAAGUGCGGUCCUGGCCCGGGUGCGGUGUGCGGCGGCAGACCGGGUGAAGCUCCGAGCUCCCGCCCUGGCCACGGAGGUCGCCAUCUGCCUUCCCCCCAGGCCGUGUCUCAUUUUUUUAAGCUGAUUUUUUCUUUAAAGAAGAAAACUUGCAAACAUUUAAGGCAUUGUUUUUGAAAGGCAGGGACAGGGACAGAGUUGGGCCUUGGCCUUACCGUGGGGGCAGACGGUACUGGCUGCGUGUGUGUGUGUGACUGCGUGUAGGUGCGUGUGUGAGGGCGUGACUGUGGCUGUGUGCACCCGCUGUCCUGCCCAGGGGACACGUUAGGCAGGUGGACAGCACUCAUCCCACAUCUGACAUGGUGGACAGGCACAACACACACACCAACAUGCAAGACCCUCCCCCGCCGAGCUCUAGCUGUCAGAUUGGUGUCAAGAUGCCUGCUCGUCACGGGUCACUACGGACCUGGGGGCAGCCUCGCCCCUCCUGCCAUGGCAGGCAGUCCUUGUUGGAGGGGGUGGGGAGAGGCCCCCUCCAGCUCCCAGGACAGGCACAGGCUGGGGCCUGUGUAGCCUCUGUGGCUCAGCUCUGCCUGAAUCUACUUGAAUGUACCCCGGGGAGUCCACAGGAGGCAGACGUGGGUCCGUGGCACCCAGAGCAAGGUGUUCAGAGGUCACAUGACACAGACACAGAUACACGUGUUUUUCUUUGCAAUACUUGAAAUAUCGCCACUGUGCUUGGACUCAGAAGACAGAAUCCCCGUGCCGCGUCUGUGUUGUCACCGCCCGUGACUCCGUCCCUCCCUGCUGCAUGUCCCACGUUAGUAUUUAUUGCUUUGCGGCUACCGCAGCCCAGCCUCUGAGAAGCUGGCGCCACGGCUGGGCCCCCGCCUGGCAUCCCGGUGUGCCCUGUCCUGUGGCCGCCCUGUGUGCCCCUGUGUGUGCGUGUGUGUGUCCCAAGUGGGACCUGGGGCCCCAGCCGUGAACGCUGCCUGUGGUUGUGUGGCCUGUUCUCCGAGAGACAGUGCGCCGCCCUCCGUCUGUUUUAAAACAUUUUGUGAGUCCCUUUUUUGUUACAUCGUGUGACGUCAGGUUAAAUGGAAAUAAACCUUUGGAAUUGUU